AUGGCCCAGAGGGUUCGCGGCCUCGUCUUUACACCCGCGCCGCGGCUCGGACGCGCCCGUCUCACCCGUCCAACCAUCGAACCAAGUCCUGCACCUCUCGAAGCCGCGGGAAGUCGGUACAGGUUUGCUGGCCUUGUUCCGGCCAUCCUGAAGGAUCGCGGGCUCGUCGCUAAUAACCGCUCCCACAAACCCCAACACCAGCUUAUCGAGACUAAGAGCCGCGCCGGCGGUGGAUGUGAGGCCGACUACCAAGACCGCCUCGGUCAAAACUCAACGUGGCUGACGGCCGGACACCCAAGAAAGGGCUGA